GGGUUUAACGAUUUCCACCCUUGAAACCCACCCAUCCACUCUGCUCCACGAUGAAGAUUCCUCGUAGCUAGCAGGAUCAUCGGCUACACGGUCGAAUCGACGGCCGGUUUUUUUCCUGUGUUCACCGUCAAACUUCCUCCAAACAGCCCAAGUUUCCUCCUUACCCCCUGUUUCGCCAACAUGUCCUCGCGCAUCACCGUCCUUGCUUUCGGCCCCCUCCCGUCCGCGUGGAACUGCUAUCCAUGAUCACUCCGCACGCUCACUCUUAGCAAUUUCUUACUAAUUUGCUCGCCGGAGCAGGAAUACGCGCGAUUCUUUGACAAAUCGGUACAAGGCGACGAAGGAGGGGGUUGGGAGAGUGCAAGCGAGAGGGCAGUUCAUUGCCAACUCACGAAGAAGCUAGCUAAACUAUGUAACCGCCAGUUGGUUUAACUAACUCUUGUGCAAGCUUAAUAUGCGGAGAAUUAUUUUUAUUAUUAUUAUUUGCCUCCGCCCAGCGCUGCGACUUGUCUACCUUUUCGUUUCUCUGCGCCGGAUGUGCUACUGCGUCUUUCUCCGAGGAAGCGACGGGCAGCCAUACCGAGUUAUUCAGCAGCGAAAGCGCAACUUGGGAAUUUGAAUUUCGCCUCGCCUGCUGCGGGCGGCAGGGGAAGCUGGAGCCCGCGACUGCUUGCUGCGUGGUGAACUUCAUACUCGCUUUUACCACCCAGGCGAUGGGUUGAACCAGGGCCUGGUCUUCUUUUCUCUCAUCGAAUGCUUUCCUUCUCCCAGACAUCCCCCCUUUCAUCAUCGACCAACCCCCCUUCCCCUUCUUUUAUCCUGGAGUGUUUGAAUACGGGAGUAAUGCCCCGAAAAUAGAGAGGCGCGGAUCAAAAGAGACGGGUAUAGUUCAAAAAGGAACCUGUGCGUUAGAUCCAGGUCUACCGUUCACGAAAUGGAGUGUCUAUCGCCGCUGGACACUGAAAGUUCCCUGGAAACGGGGCAUUUGGUGUCGACCAAGAGUUCGCACUUUUCUAGAGCUACAUGGGCUCAGUCCAUCCGCUCGAAAGGCGGGGGGAUCACUGUCCCUCAGGCCAUCGCUCAUCGAGGAUACAGCGCAAAGUUCCCCGAAAAUACAAUGAGUGCUUUCAUGCAUGCGGUUGAAGUUGGUGCGCAUGCGAUUGAGACGGAUAUCCAUCUCUCAAGAGACGGCGUGGUGGUUCUUUCUCAUGAUGCUACGCUUAAACGCUGUUUUGGCGUCGACAAACGUGUCAUCGACUGCGAUUGGAAAUGCUUGAGUGCCCUACGGACCGUGAAGCCUCCACACAGACCCAUGCCGCGCCUGAUAGACCUGCUGGAUUAUAUAGCUGCCCCGGAGCGCGCGAACGUGUGGAUAAUCCUGGACAUAAAGGCUGACAAUAAUGCACAUAAUGUAAUAACCGCCCUUAGCCAGGCCUUCGACUCCGUCGCAUCUCCCCAUCGACCCUGGAAUGAGCGUGUGGUACUAGGCUGCUGGACGGCCGAAUAUCUUUCCAAAGUGCGACACCAUUUCCCCUCAUACCCGCUUGCCAUAACGACUUUUUCCAUCCAAUAUGCCCGCCAGUUCAUAUCCCUUCCGGGGGUUAAUCUCAGUGUGAAUCAGAAAGUGCUUAUGGGGUGCGGUGGGAGGAGAUUCCUCGCGGAUGCCAAGCGAGCUGGGAAGGCUGUGUUUGUGUGGACUGUAAAUAAAGAGGUGCUGAUGCGCUGGAGUGUAAGAAGGAGAGUGGAUGGAGUGAUUACCGAUAAGCUGGCUUUGUUUGGCGAGAUUGUGCGAGAAUGGGAGGACGAUGGUUAUGGGGAUGGGUUUGCAAGUGAUGAGGCGGAGAUCAGCUUAGAACAGAGGCUCGUGGCGCUGGCUGCGGCAGUGGCGUCGUGGGUGCUUGGGAUGCUGUUGAUGUUGAUAUACCCAGUUAGGAUUGCGAGGUUGGACAGCACAGUGGAGGAUUCCCUCGGCUAUGCCUAA